UGGAUGGAUGUUACCUUAUAUAUGGACUAGUAUGAUAGAUAGAAUCAUAGAAAACUAGUUUGAUGAGCAUAUGUGCAAAUAUUUGUGGUCAUGAUAAGUUAGAUAUGUUCUUUAAAAAAGGCAUAUGUGCACUUGGCUUCAUUGGGCAUUUUUAUUUCACUCUUUUCCAUUGUUCUUCAGGCUGUGAAAAAUACGAAUUCCGUGGUAGUGUUUAUGUGAUCACAAGUUUUACAUGUGAAAACAUGGAGACGGUGAUUCACAAUGGAGGAUGUCACUGCCGGCGUGUCAGAUGGCAAGCUGAAGCACCAUCCAGUGUUACAGCUGUAACAUGCAAUUGCUCAAACUGUGCCAUGAGGGGAUCCACAGCCUUUGUAGUCCCAAAAGCAAAGUUCAAGCUCUUGGGAGAGUCCGAGCAGCAUCUGAACACCUACACCUUUGGCACGCAUACGGCCAAGCACUUGUUCUGCAAUGUUUGUGGCAUUACUUCUUUCUACAUCCAGAGAGAGCAUCCAGAGAAUCCUGAUUGUGUUGCCAUUGUUGUCAGCUGUGUCGAUUCUGGCACAUUGAAGCAUGUUCAAAUCAGGCAUUUUGAUGGGAAGAGUUGGGAGUAGUAGUACUAGUUUCAUAACACCAUGUUUGGUGCUUAUGGAGGUAUUUCAGUUAUGUAAAAGUUCAGAUCGAUGACAUUGUAAGUUGGCCAAUUCUGUAAUAAGACAGUUGGUAUUAAAAUUAGCAUUGUAAACUGCUGCAUGUAGAGUGAUAAUAAUAAAGAUCUCACUGUUUGAAGAUA